UCGAGAUGGCAGGGUUUUGCCAUAAGAGGUAAAGAAUAAGUUCUUUAUUUUGCUGAAUUUAUGCAAAUUACAGAAAUUGUAUUAUAUUUUAUUUUCUUCCUAAAAGCAGACAAACAUUACUAAAAAUCAGGGAAUCACAAACCUAUGUAAUUUGCAUUUUUCUAGAAGUGUUUUCAAUCCUCUAUUAAUGUCUAUCUCUAGCUCAAACUUCAAUAGUUCCAGAUUUGUUCUCACUGGUUUUCCUGGCCUAGAAGUUCACUAUCCCUGGCUCUGCAUUCCUUUCUCCUCCAUCUAUGCUCUGGUGUUCCUGGGAAACUGCAUGGUGCUCCAUGUGAUCCGGACUGAAUCAAGCCUACACCAGCCUAUGUUCUAUUUUCUGGCCAUGCUGGCCCUCACUGACCUGUGUAUGGGGUUUUCUACUGUGUACACAGUGCUGGGGAUCCUGCUGGGGUUAAUUCAAGAGAUCAGCCUGGAUUCCUGCAUUGCCCAGUCUUAUUUCAUCCAUGGUCUGUCCUUCAUGGAGUCCUCUGUCCUCCUCGCUAUGGCCUUUGACCGCUACAUUGCCAUUUGCUACCCAUUGCGCUACUCAUCCAUCCUAACUAACGACAAAAUCAUGAAAAUUGGAGUGGCAAUCUUAUGUAGGAGUUCUUUACUAAUACCUCCAGUCAUCAUCCGUCUGAAGUUCUUAAAUUAUUGCCGUCCUCACAUCCUUUCUCACUCUUUCUGCCUGCACCAAGACUUAAUUAGAAUGGCCUGUUCAGACGUCCGCUUCAACAGCAUUUAUGCUCUGACACUGGUGAUCAUCAACCUGUUGUUAGAUGCAGUGCUCAUACUCAUCUCCUACAUUAGGAUUUUGCAUACAGUCUUAGCCAUUGCAUCACGGGAGGAGAGACUCAAGUCUUUGCAGACCUGUGUAUCUCACAUCUGUGCUGUUUUGGUUUUCUACAUCCCAAUCAUUGGUCUGACCAUGGUGCAUCGCUUUGGGAAACACCUCUCACCAUUGGUUCACGUCCUCAUGGGCAACAUCUAUGUUAUUUUACCACCCAUGAUGAACCCUGUUAUUUACAGUAUAAAGACUCAACAGAUACAAAAAAGAGUCCAGAGAUUGUUCUGCAUGAAAGGAGCAUAAGUUUAUAUCAAAUGUGUAUGAAUUUAAAUUCAACAAGUGAAGUUAAAAAGGGUAAGAGUCAAUAAGUAUGUAAACAUAGAUGUAAUGCUGUCUUUUAAUAAUAUUUUAUAUGUUACAGAUACCUUCUUCACUUUCCCACAAUCAGUCAGCAAAAUUGACAUCUAUAAUACUGUGAUAAGUUUUAUAAAGCAGAAAUGUACAUACAGUGGGCUGAGAAUCAUAUUAGUGCAUAAGACAGGUUAUGUAUUACCAUUAAUACCUUGUUAUGGUUAGCUGCAUCAGGGUACUUUGGGAUCCACCCAUUAUGGAAAAGGUAAAGCUAUUUAACAUUCUUCAAGUAAUUACUAACAGAUCAGUUGUUAUCUCAGCCCAUUUUUAUUACUCUGACAAGGUUCUUGUAUAUUGUUUAUUAUAUUGUUUACCCAUGGCCCCUGCUGUCUGAUUUAGCUAGUGGAGGAAGCUUCAUAGGGAGAUUGGAAUAUAUGAAUAAAUUACAAAGCGAUGAAAUUAAUGAUAUAAAAAUAAUAUUGAUGUUAGGUUGUCCACAAACUAAAUACUAUUUCUGUACUCCUACUUUAUCAAUGGAAAUUGAAUAACAGAUAUAGACAACCAAUGAUUGCCAAAGUAGAAAGAAAUAGAUUUUUUGAUUAGUUUGUUGAUCAAAAUAAUGAUGCCAAUAGCAACUACUACUGAAAACCAUUUGAAUCAUUGAAAAUGAUUAAUUUUAAUUCCUAUAUUUAUUUGAGUUAUCUCACUUAAAUCCUCUGCUCAGUAAAAAUACCAUCUAGAUUACAACUAUAACCAAGUAAUACAAAUAUGUUUCUAAUUUUAAAUUUCCAUUUAUUAUGUUCCAUGCACUAUCAUAAAUGCUUUAUUUAUAGUCCCUUAAUUAAAAAUCACAGUCAAAGAGAUAAGAUGACUUCCCUAAAGCUUUGUAAUUAUAAGCAGCGGAGCAGAGAUUUGGUUAUUGGCAGUCUGAGUCCACAGGUUGCCCCGUUAGUCAUAGCCUACAUUGUGUUCUAAUGCCUAAGCCAAAUGUGUUUCCUAAUUAGUUACAUUAAAAUUA